AUGAGUUUCGAGGAGAAAACGCUCUGCUGCAGUGUGAUCGUCGCUGUCGUGAUGUUGUGCUCUGUGGAGAUGACAACGAUAAUCAUUUCGUACUUGACAAAUCUAGAGCAUCCUCUGAUGCGAUGUCAAUCCUACAAUGUUUCGAUGCUUGGCGAACGAUCCUCGAUGACAACUCAACGUCGGCUAUGCACCACAAGUGGUCCACUUCUUGCCUGGUUAAUAGCACAUUUAUUCAUUAAUCUUAUAGCACUGGUGGCUAUUCAGACCUCUCGUUAUCGAGCGCUAAUUCCUUAUAUUUUUGCCGCUGUAGUCGAUCUGUUGAUGUCAUCUGCUUAUCUGGUUGUACUUUUCGUGCAGAUGAUACGAGGAGAUGAAAUUGAAAAUACUCUUGUCCUAUUCAUUGCGGCUAUCGUAGUCUUCAAAAGCUACAGUGUCUAUUGCUCACGACGACUGUACUGGAUUCUACAAUCUGUGUUUGAUAGGCGGUAUACCACGCGAACAUUGGUGGUGAAGGAAGACUCCGUGUUUCAAUUUUGA